AUGCUGCUUGGUAGCCUUCAAUGCACUCAGAAGGGCCGCGUGCAGCCGCCUGCAGGGAGCCGGGGCGGUGCCGUCUACACGGACUACUUUGGUGGCGUCUGGGUGACGUCCGAGGACGCGCAGGAAGUUGUUUACUACGCACCCCACACGCUAGCCACCACCAUACAGCAGCAGCAACAGUUGAGUUUUCCCCUGAGCACCCAGGACAUCUCUAUAGCACCCCUGUCUACCUCGUCUCCAGCGUACACAGUCGCGUUUCGCUGCGGCACCAUGCGCUGCACCGCCGACAAGGCAUUUCGAGAAGAGCGAAUUUACUCGCUUUUUCCGCUUAGCCGUCCUGCAUGCGACAGCGACGGCUCCGAGCAUGUUCUGUGCAUCGUCACCACAUGCGGUACGCUGGCAUUCAUUCAAGUGCCAACUAGUCAUCGCCAUGAACCCCCGCUGCCGGAGACAGCCGUGCAACCGUAUCAGGAGGUACACCUCGACGUGCAUGUCUGCGCCGCCACCGUCACCAGUGGCGGUGCACAGAAUCUUGUCCUCUGCUGUCACGACGGGGAUUUCACGGAGGUGCUCCGCGUUGCUGUCGUCAGAUCCGCCGAGCAGCUUGACAGCAGUGACUCCGCUGCCGCUGACGCGGAAUACGAGGUGGACGCAAAGGGAUUGUUCAGGGUGGAAGGCCGUAUUGCGGUCGUGUUGCACGAUUCCGUGAUGGAUGUGCUCGUCACGGUCAGUGACACCGGCUACGUUGACGUCUGGGAUCUCGCUUCUGCGAAGGAUGUGACGGCGAUGUACGGGUCCCUGUCGUGGGACUGCAGCCGGUACGGUGCCCCGACAUGCGCGCUGCUCUGCCGCGACUAUUUGUGGGUGGGGCUCACAACGGGCCAACUGCUGGUCUUUCUCUUUUCCAGCCGCCACGGUGCCGUUGCUACUCCACAGUCGCACAGCGUGCAACUUUUACGAGGUCACACGUCGCGCGUGACAGGCCUCCUUAGGAUGUCGCUCGGUACAAGCGUGUGGAGCUGCGCUGAAGACUCGGCAAAGGUGAACGUGUGGGACGCUGCGAGUGCGGCGUUCCGCGGCUCUUUUGUGUUUCCAGAUAUCGGCCUUGUGUCGUGGCAGGCCGGUGCAGUCCAGGUGCGCACGGCGCUGUGGGGCAUCGAUGGCGCGACCGGCGGGCCAAGUCUAAUGCAGGUUACUCAAUCCCUGUUAGACCCCAAUGGCACGCAGGUGCACACCCGGGAGGAAACGCGUGCACAUCAUUGCAACGAGGCUCUCCUGCGUGCCUACCAAGUCUUCUGGCGAUCAAUGGCGCAGACACUUCGUCAUCUGCUGCUUGGUGAUGCCGCAGAGGCUAGCGCAGACGCUAUGGAGUCUACGUCGACGGCAUUACAACUGAUUUGGCAAGAUGUGAGUGGAGCCGGCGAUAACAGUGACGUCCUCGACGCACUUCAUGCCAUGUGUGAUACCUUGCCGCGACUUCGUGCUGCACACUGCAGAGGUGGUGCCGGAGGUGGUGACAAUGCUAGAGAUCUACUGUCGUUGGUGGAGGCAUGUGUCACGUGGCAUGAGCAGCAGGGAUGUGUCUCGCUCGAGGUAGAGGCGUUGUUGUGCUCCUUGAACGCGUCGAGCUGUGAAACGACGCGCCUCACCUCACUCGAAGACGUUGGAGAAGAAGUGCUUCUGCUUCGUGCGCGUGUGGAUGAGCUUCAGUUGGAGCUGGCACGGAUACGUGACGGCCGCGACAGCGAUGCUGCGAGCGAGGGGGGCGAGGAGGCCAUUGACGAAACCAUAACAAAGGAACUACAGGGCGCCCAGGACGUGCUACAUGAUGAGGUCGAGAAAAACCGAGAGUUGAAGGCGCAGCUGAGCGAGGCACAGAGCGAGGUGAAAGUUCUCACCUCCCAGCACACACAUAUGCAGCAGCUGCUGGAAGCCUCUGAUGAGCAAGUGGUGCAGCUGAGGCGGUCACUGCUGGCCGCCAAGAGGGCGGCCGAGGUGACGGCGUCUGAUGUCUCAUCCAUGUUCGAGAUGGAGGCGAGACUGCAUGCGUCGCAGGGUGUCAUCGCCGAGCUCUCCGCCAAGGUGGAUACGCUGCUGAAUGAGGCCGAUGUGACGAGGGCAUCGCUGCAUGAGCUCCAGGAGAGGCAGGGGGCGGCCAAGGCGGUGCUGCAGCGAGUGCUGAACACUCAGAAUGACCUCGCAGACGAUGUUAGUUCACUUGUUGACGACGUGAGUACGGCGAUUGCGUCCUUCAAGAAGUCCCAUCGCGUUGUUCUCACAGAGAACGCCGCCGCUCUACUUGGCGUAGUCGAGGAGUCGAUGUACCGACUUGAGAUGUCCAUCGAGAAGCGGCUGCGUGAUCAGCAGGAGUGGCUUCAUUCCCUUUCCCAUGGGCUGAAGGCUGCCAUGGCGUGA